GUUUCCAGCAUCUACAGUUUUAUUUGCACAGUAGCUGUAACGAUAACAGUUUCUCUUUGCACAGAUGAGUGAUUGCAGCAUUUUAUGUUUCCCCGAGGAUCGUGGGGGUUUUCUCUGCAACAGAGGGCGUGUUGUAUAAUCUGGGGACAAGUCAAUCACCGUGAGUGUGCGUCCCGGAUUCUCAUCUGCUGCAGGAAGAGGUUUGUUGCAACCCCUGAUCACCUUCCCCGGCAAACAGCAGCCCGAUCCAAAUAUCUGCCCAUGGCUGGGUCGUCUUUGAACGCUCUCCGACAGGUCGUCCGGGGUUUGACAGGAGGAACCGGCUUCGAUCGAAUCUUGAAUAAGAUGGCUGUUGUUUCAGCCAGUCCGGGGAAAAUCAUCUGUGAAAUGAGAGUGGAAGAGGAACAUGUGAAUCGUGUAGGCAUCCUGCAUGGUGGACUGACAGCUACUCUAAUUGAUGUGGUAUCAACGACGGCUUUACUUAACACGGAACGGGCAUUACCGGGAGUUAGUGUAGACAUGAAUAUAACGGAUAUGAAAAAUAGCCACAUUUACUGCUCUGGAAGGGAAAAGCAAGGCCUUUGAGGGUGAAGGUAUGCCACCUCUGGCCUGCCACCCCUGGCCUGCAAAUCCUCAGACUUACUCUUAUCAUUCAUCAGAAACUAAACUUCAAAACCCCAUCCAUGGAGAAACAAAAGAAUCUGAAGGCUGGAGUACAAGAAGAUAAAUGUAAACUUGAAUCAACCCAGUUCAAAAUCAUAACAUGGUUAUUCGAUUACAUCUGCAAUUUCUAGAGCUUUGAUGUUUGGUUUGUCUCCACUGAUAAAUACAGAGAGCACCCACACAUCCACAAGCCUCAAAUUAAAUGUAAUAGUAGGCAAUAACACUGUUUAUGGCAAUACUUAGUUGACUUUUAAACAUGGUUUAUAAUUUCUAGAUGUAUUAAAAAUCCCCACAUUACACUGAAUUCAUGUCGUCGAGAAUUUUAAAUUCCUUAGUUUCAUUUUUCCCCCCCAUCACCUUUUUUUGUUUACAUAAAUGGAGACCGCCGUCCACUGCCUCUUCAUCGUAGGCGGUAGUGGGGAUGUUACACUUCAAGCAUAUCUUUAGAUCUUAGUCUAGAAAUCUCUCUCGACAAUGCUGCAUCAUUGAGCUGACAUUGUUGUCGGUAUUUCACGCAGCAAUCUUACUCCUCACUUCUAAAGUUGUGAAACUAAUGAGAAGCCCUUGCAAUUACACCUCAGAAAUAAAAUCAACAAGGCCUGAGUAAUCAAGCUGCAGUAUGCUGAUGACACUUGCACAUACUCCAGAUUCAGGGACAGUUUCUUCCCAGAUGUUAUUAGGCAACUGAACCACCCUACCAACAACGAGAGAGCAGUCCCGAACUAUUAUCUACCUCAUCGGGGACCUCGAACUUUGAUCGGACCUCACUGGCUUUAUCUUGCAUUAUUAUUCCCUUAUCAUGUAUUUGUACACUGUGAAUGGCUCGAUUGUAAUCAUGUAUUGUCUUUCCGCUGUCUGGUUUGCGCGCAUCAAAAGCUAAAAGCUAAAAGUGAUAACAGCCUUCUGAACAGUCCUUCCAUCAACUAGGGUACUGACCGAUUCACCUCUAUCCCAUUGCGGACAUUGGACUUUGUCUACUGGAACGGGCAUGCUACAUUCCUGAGGACUAUAUUUUGCAC